ACUACUACUUUUAGAAGAUAAAAAAAAUUAAAAAUAAAACUUAAUAUUAACAAUAAAUAAAUAAAUGAAAUUGAGGGGAAGACUGGAACAGGAAAGAGGAAGGAUAGCUUUUUGUUGCCUGGUUCUUCACUGUAAUUGCCAAAGAAAAUCCGAAGAAUUCUCUGAGAAGCAACAGAGUCUCUCCUUGGUCUCUGCAGUUUCUCAAAGCCAACCUUUUGAUGCUUCCUUAUCUGUUCUCUCCAUCUGUUUCCCAUUGAUUUCCAAUCUCCGCCUCCACAUGUGCUUGUCUUUUUCUCUCUAGUCUCUCUUGCCAUUUUUCUUUACCGAAAUCGUUCCUUUCAAUUUUUUUCAACAUAUUUUCUCACAUUUUUCAAGCUUUUUUUGGUUUCUUUCACGUCAAACCUCAACUUGGUAUUGUCCAUAUAUCGUUUUCUCUAGGGUUUUAAUUUUCCCUUUCUGGGUAACUUGAUUCUCACUCAAUUUGAACUUUCGGGAUCCUGGGUACCCUUAGAUCUUGCUUUUAUUUGGUGGGUGCUCUUUGGUUUCUCGAAAUUUUUGAUCUUUCAGCUUAAUUCAAUGUCACAGGGCUAUGCAAUUGAGCUAUAUUUCGAUCCAGCCCUAGAGAACCAAGUCUUGAAAGCAUGGAACGUUCUUGCUCGGCGUCAAAUCAGUACCCAGUUGAUCGAAAUCGAAUCAAGACCCCACAUUACUCUUUUCUCUACUCCCUAUAUUGAGCCUACCAAGCUUGAGUCCAUCGUGAAGAAUUUUGCUUCAAAGCAGGAACCGUUGCCCUUGUCUUUCUCUGCAAUCGGGACAUUCCCUAGUGAUAAGAAUGUCCUGUUUCUUGCACCAGUGCCGACGUUGUCUCUUCUACAGUUUCAGUCUCAGUUGUGUGAUGCGAUGAAGAAGGAAGGAAUUGAAAUUGGAGAUGAGUACAAGGCGGAUUCCUGGAUUCCCUACUGCUCGGUGGCUCAGGAAGUGCCCAAGACUCGAAUGGCAGAGGCUUUUUGCGUCUUGAGGGACUUGAAAUUACCGGUUAAUGGGUAUGCAAUGGAUAUUGGAUUGGUGGAGUUUUCACCUGUUCGUGAGCAUUUCUCGUUUAUGCUUGGUAACACCAUAGAUGCUUGAGGUUUAGAGGUCUUUCUAAUUCUCUGUGUAACUUAACUGUUCAGUUCAAAUGUCCUCCAUGCUUAUUGCUAGCAUAGGUCCAUAUCAACUAUAGAUUUUAAUUGCAAUAUUGAUGUCUAAUAUGUUGUUCAAAGAACAGUUGUGGCUUAUUGUUGUAUCUUGACUUGCUUGCUGAAAUUCUUUUUCAUGUCCGAGGUUUAUUCAUGAUAUGUUUGAGAAGUUUAUUUUGUCUCAUUUACCAGCUUCAAUGUUAAAUG